AUGAUGCGAAAGGUAGGCUUGGUGCUGGUGGCAGGCGUGGUCGCCCUCGUUUCAGGCGAUAUCAGUCACCAUGUUAAGAGUUCUCUGCACCACCCACUACAUCACCAUGCUGUUCCAAAACAUCAUGUAGCCCCUGUACACCAUGCUGCCCCAGUACACCAUGCUAUUCCUGUACACCAUGCUGCCCCUGUACAUCAUGCUGCUCCUGUGCAUCACGGAAAAGGAUAUGCUCCUGCUUAUCCUGAUACGCCUGCACACUACGCCUAUGAGUACGCCGUCAACGACGACUACGCAGGCACCCACUUCGGCCACUCGGAGGCUCGCGACGGCUACAACACGGAGGUUAAGCCCAAAGAGCAUUCAGAGAAAUUCCCUUUAGGCGGACACUCAAGUGACCUUCAGCGCGGCAGCUAUAUAAAAAGGGCGGCGUUUCCCACUCAGCCACAACCUUCUCAACCUCAACAUGAUGCGAAAGGUAGUGACUCUGAGAUGGUAUGCUUGGUGCUGGUGGCAGGCGUGGUCGCCCUGGUUUCAGGCGAAAUCAGUCACCAUGUUAAGAGUUCACUGCACCACCCACUAGAUCACCAUGCUGCUCCAAAACAUCAUGUAGCCCCUGUACACCAUGCUGCCCCUGUACACCAUGCUGCGCCUGUACAUCAUGCUGCCCCUGUACACCAUGCUGCCCCUACGCCUCCACACUACGCCUAUGAGUACGCUGUCAACGACGACUACGCCGGCACCCACUUUGGCCACUCAGAGGCUCGCGACGGCUACAAGACAGAGGAGGUUCUAACAAUGUCUUCGUCAUACUUCAUGGAACCAUGA